AUACUGUGCAGCAUCACUGCGGUGAAGCUAAGCAGAGAAGAGGCGGUAGCGCUCAACCUCAGAAUCCCUUUGCUUUUGUCUGUCUAUUUAUCUGCGCAACAAACUCGCAUCUCUGGAUAAACUGACUGACAGACAGCUUGUGAGGAGUCGCCUACAUCAUCAGCAUCAUCAUUAUCAUCACAGCGGCCUCUGCAGCGAAGGCGGAGGAGAGGAGGCGAGAAAAAGAAGAUACGCUUUCUGCCCUUUGUUUUGGUUUUGACCGCGGGGGAAAGCUGUAACUCUGAGAUGCUCCCGCUAUUGUCCCUCGCGGUGCUGUGCAUCGGUGGGGCUGUGCCUCGGCAGGUGAACGGUGAGUGCAUGAGGAUACUGACGAAUGUAAACAAACAACAGUUUCGUCAUCCCUCUGAGAUGAUGGGGUGAAUGUUAGUGCGUAGUUUUCUAAUGGAUUGAGAUGCGGCCUCAGAUGCCGUUGAUACUUUGAGGGAACACAGGGAGGAUAUUCUCUAGAAUAAAUAACUGCGUGUAUCUUUAUACACUCGUGUUGUUGUUGUUGUUGUUGUUGUUGAUGUGAUGUAACUUAGCCUAUCAAAGCCAUAUCUGAACUUAAUUGUUCAGAGAAUUUCAAGUUGAAAUUCUGCAAGAAGAUGAUGAUGAGUGUGUGUGUGAUAUGUAAAUACAGUGUGUGAUGCCUGUACCCUGGGGGCUGUGUGGCCCUCUCAUUGGGGUGUUGCUAAGAUGAUCUGACAGCUACUCUCUCUCUCUCUCUCUCUCUCUCUCUCUCUCUCUCUCUCUCUCUCUCUCACUCUCUCACUCACUCACUCUCUCUCUCUCUCUCUCUCUCUCUCUCUCUCUCUCUCUCUCUCACUCUCUCACUCACUCUCUCUCUCUCUCUCUCUCUCUCUCUCUCAUCAAUUCAAUUCAAUUCAAUUCAAUUUCAAUUUCAAUUUCAAUUUCAAUUUAAGGGCUUUAUUGGCAUGGGAAACGUAUGUUAACAUUGCCAAAUCAAGUGAAGUAGAUAGUGAACAAAAGUAAAAGAUACAAUAAAUAUUAACAAAAUAAUGAAGACAUUUCAAAUGUCAUAUUAUGUAUAUAUGCAAUGUUGUAAUGAUGUGCCAAUAGUUCAAGUACAAAUGGGAAAAUAAAUAAACAUAAAUAUGGGUUGUAUUUACAAUGGUGUUUGUUCUUUACUGGUUGCCCUUUUCUUGUGGCAACAGGUCACAAAUCUGGCUGCUGUGAUGGCACACUGUGGUAUUUCACCCAGUAGAUAAGGUUUAUCAAAAUUGGGUUUGUUUUCAAUUCUUUGUGGAUCUCUGUAAUCUGAGGGAAAUAUGUGUCUCUAAUAUGGUCAUACAUUUGACAGGAGGUUAGGAAGUGCAGCUCAGUUUCCACCUCAUUUUGUGCAUUAUUUGGUGUUUUUCGGUGUACACAGAGGAUAUUUUUGCAGAAUUCUGCAUGCAGAGUCUCAAUUUGGUGUUUGUCCCAUUUUGUGAAUUCUUGGUUGGUGAGCGGACCCCAGAUCUGGGUUCUAUAACUGAUUCAAGUAUUUUUAGCCAGAUCCUAAUUGAUAUGUCGAAUUUUAUGUUCCUUUUGAUGGCAUAGAAGGUCUUUCUUGCCUUGUCUCUCAGAUCGUUCACAGCUUUGUGGAAGUUACCUGUAGCACUGAUGUUUAGGCCGAGGUAUGUAUAGUUUUUUGUGUGAUCUAGGGCAACGGUGUCUAGAUGGAAUUUGUAUUUGUGGCCCUGGCAACUGGACCUUUUUUGGAACACCAUUAUUUUUGUCUUACUGAGAUUUACUGUCAGGUCCCAGGUCUGACAGAAUCUGUGCAGAAGAUCUAGGUGCUGCUGUAGGCCCUCCUUGGUUGGUGACAGAAGCACCAGAUCAUCAGCAAACAGUAGACAUUUUACUUCAGAUUCUAGUAGGGUGAGGCCGGGUGCUGCAGUCUGUUCUAGUGCCCUCGCCAAUUCGUUGAUAUAUAUGUUGAAGAGGGUUGGGCUUAAACUGCAUCCCUGUCUCACCCCACGGCCCUGUGGAAAGAAAUGUGUGUGUCUUUUGCCAAUGUUAACUGCACACUUGUUGUUUGUGUACAUGGAUUUUAUAAUGUCAUAUGUUUUUCCCCCAACCCCACUUUCCAUCAAUUUGUAUAGCAGACCCUCAUGCCAAUUUGAGUCAAAAGCUUUUUUGAAAUCAACAAAGCAUGAGAAGACUUUGCCUUUGUUUUGGUUUGUUUCUUUGUCAAUUAGAGUGUGCAGGGUGAAUACGUGGUCUGUCAUACGGUAAUUUGGUAAAAAGCCAAUUUGACAUUUGCUCAGUACAUUGUUUUCACUGAGGAAAUGAACUAGUCUGCUGUUAAUGAUAAUGCAGAAGAUUUUCCCAAGGUUGCUGUUGACGCAUAUCCCACGGUAGUUAUUGGGGUCAAAUUUGUGGAUUGGGGUGAUCAGUCCUUGGUUCCAAAUAUUGGGGAAGAUGCCAGAGCUAAGGAUGAUGUUAAAGAGCAUAGCCAAUUGGAAUUUGUUCAUUCUCUCUCUCUCUCUCUCUCUCUCUCUCUCUCUCUCUCUCUCUCUCUCUCUCUCUCUCUCUCUCUCUCUCGCUCUCUCUCUCUCUCUCUCUCUCUCAGGGGAUGAAUGUGAACCUGUGUCAUGUGAGGGUGAUGCAGACUGUUUCACCCCCCAGCCAGAGGAGGCGCUACUCUUAUGUAAGUACAGGAGGACUUUGGGAUCAAUAUUUACAGUAAUCAACUGUAUCAGCACAUGAUUAGAGAAAACACUAUCAACACUACAAAUCGAUCUCUAUCUUUCUACAGCAACUCCAGGCUGGGAGGAGCCGAUUAUAGCAGGUAAGAAGCCUGCCUAAUCCCAAAUAGCCUCUAGCCCCUCGUCCCCUCCCAGAUCUGAAAUGAUUGGAUAGGUGUAAUCAAUUUACCCAUUUAUUAACGAUUACCUAUUUGAUCCUAUUACAUCUACAUGAAGUGCACAGACAUCUCUAAUCUCUAUAUUAGUUUAACACAGCCACUGACAGUGACCACUGAUUCCUUCAUCAAACAGUACAAUGACCCCCAAUCUGUUCAACUGCCUUUGUUCUUAAUCAAGACAUCACUCUCUUCUCUGAGGUCCAUUAUAUUAUGUGUGUGUGUGUGUGUGUGUGUGUGUGUGUGUGUGUGUGUGUGUGUGUGUGUGUGUAUUGUUUUAGAUAAUCCCUCAUUAGUCCGUACUAGCUGUUGUAGGAACUCCACAGUGAGGGCAGUCUUUGUUUUGUGAUGUGUCUGUCAUAGCUAAUCACACACACACACACACACACACACACACACACACACACACACACACACACACACACACACACACACACACACACACACACACACACACACGUGUCCAUGGUUGUGUGAGCGUAGCCUCCCAUAGGGCUAGCAGGGUAAUAUUAGCUGGUCUAAUAUAACUACUCUGACCUAUAUCCCUGUGCUGAUCAUGGGACAGACAGUGAAUUUAAAACAAAAAAUAAAUAUGUUGUAUUGUCAUAUACACCGGAUAGGUGCAGUGAAAUGUGUUGUUUUACAGGGUCAGCCAUAGUAGAAUGAUGCCCCUGGAGCAAAUUAGGGUUAAGUGCCUUGCUCAAGGGCACAUCGACAGAUUCUUUUUUUAAACCUUGUCGGCUCAGGUGUUCGAACCAGCGACCUUUCGGUUACUGGCCCGACGCUCUAUUUACUUGUGCUUAGCACUUGUGCUUAGUGUAGAAAACCAAUUGAUCCCAAUACGUUUUUGUGUCCAGGUCUGUGCCAGCCCAGUCCAUGCCACCAUGGGGGUGUGUGUGAGACCACUAAUGCCCAACGAGGUGAUGCCUUCCUGGGGUACCACUGUCACUGCUCCCCUGGCUACUCUGGAACCCACUGCCAACACAGUAAGACACAUUCACACGCACACACGCACACGCACACACAGACACAGACACACACACACUAACCCAGGGGGACAGCUUGUCUAAUGACUGAGAGGGUCUCUAAUGACUGAGAGGGUCUCAGGUCCCCCAGGCUGGAGGGAGUGGCUUAAUCUGUCCAUUCUUAAUGAGGUCACUCAGUGGGGGUUACGCUGAUGAAGUCAUACACACGUCCUCACGCUUUCAUGGGUAUGAUGAGUUAUGGCGGCUUACACACGGUGAACGCGCUCGCGAACACACACACUCAACAAUAUAGUACCACCCACAUGAAAAAAUACUACAGUUUACUAUAGAAUACUACAGUAUUACUAUAGAAUUCUGUAGUAAACUGUCGUAUACUGGAGAAUACUAUACUUCACACUGUAAUACCCCUCAAUCAUGUGUAGUGCUUACUAUAGAAUGUUGUAGUAUACUGUAGAAUACUAUUGUAAAUACUACAGCAUUAUCCACUGUAGUAAAUACUAUUGUAAUGUCCGCAAAAACACUACAGUCCGGGAAAACACUACACUUUUUUGACUGUAGUAAAUACUACAGUAUUUAAUUUGCAUAUACCUUUGCCCAUUCCCCUCAGACAAUAUCCCAAUUUGUGCUACCCAUAAGUGAGAAACCUACAUGCCAAAUAUGGACCAUAUUGUGUUCCAUACAGGCUAUAGAAAAGAGCAGCAAACUCUGAACUAUCCGUUCAGACCCCGGUCCUACCUACCUACCUACCUACCUACCUACCUACCUACAGGUUAUGGAAUUAUUUUCCAGUAGGUUUUCUCAAGGAGAAAAUGCCAAAGAUAAUAAAACAAAAACAGUAAAGUAAAUACUACAGUUAUGUCUGAAAAAAAACCAUGAGUAAAUACUACAGUAUAUCGGAGUCCGCAAAAACACUACAGUAAAUACUAAAGUAUACUACAAUCCGCAAAAACACUACAUUAAUUACUAUACAGUAAAUACCCCCCUUGGCAUUUUUGCCUUACAACCUGGAAUUAAAAUGGAUUUUUGGGGGGUUUGUAUCAUUUGAUUUCCACAACAUGCCUACCACUUUGAAGAUGCACAUUUUUUUGUGUUAAACAAACAAGAAAUAAGUAAAAAAAAAAAAAGCAGAAAACUUGAGCAUGCAUAACUAUUCACCCCCGCAAAGUCAAUACUUUGUAGAGCCACCUUUUGCAAUAAUUACAGCUGCAAGUCUCUUGGGGUAUGUCUCUACAAGCUUGGCACAUUUAGCCACUGUGAUUUUUGCCCAUUCUUCAAGGCAAAACUGCUCCAGCACCUUCAAGUUGGAUGGGUUCCAAUGGUGUACAGCAAUCUUUAAGUCAUACCACAGAUUCUCAAUUGGAUUGAGGUCUGGGCUUUGACUAGGCCAUUGCAAGACAUUUAAAUGUUUCCCCUUAAACCACUCAAGUGUUGCUUUAGCACUAUGCUUAGGGUCAUUGUCCUGCUGGAAGGUGAACCUCCAUCCCAGUCUCAAAUCUCUGGAAGACUGAAACAGGUUUCCCUCAAGAAUUUCCCUGUAUUUAGCGCCAUCCAUCAUUCCUUCAAUUCUGACCAGUUUCCCAGUCCCUGCCGAUGAAAAACAUCCCCACAGCAUGAUGCUGCCACCACCAUGCUUCACUGUGGAGAUGGUGUUCUCGGGGUGAUGAGAGGUGUUGAUCUUGCGCCAGACAUAGCGUUUUCCUUCAUGGCCAAAAAGCUCAAUUUUAGUCUCAUCUGACCAGAGUACCUUCUUCCAUAUGUUUGGGGAGUCUCCCACAUGCCUUUUGGCAAACACCAAACAUGUUUGCUUAUUUUUUUCUUUAAGCAAUGGCUUUUUUCUGGCCACUCUUCCGUAAAGCCCAGCUCUGUGGAGUGUACGGCUUAAAGUGGUCCUAUAAACAGAUAAUCUCCGCUGUGGAGCUUUGCAGCUCCUUCAGGGUUAUCUUUGGUCUCUUUGUUGCCUCUCUGAUUAAUGCCCUCCUUGCCUGGGCUGUGAGUUUUGGUAGGCGGCCCUCUCUUGGCAGGUUUGUUGUGGUGCCAUAUUCUUUCCAUUUUUUAAUAAUGGAUUUAAUGGUGCUCCGUGGGAUGUUCAAAGUUCUGAUAUUUUUUUAUAACCCAACCCUGAUCUGUACUUCUCCACAACUUUGUCCCUGACCUGUUUGGAGAGCUCCUUGGUCUUCAUGGUGCCGCUUGCUUGGUGGUGCCCCUUGCUUAGUGGUGUUGCAGACUCUGGGGCCUUUCAGAACAGGUGUAUAUAUACUCAGAUCAUCUGACAGAUCAUGUGACACUUAGAUUGCACACAGGUGGAGUUUAUUUAACUAAUUAUGUGACUUCUGAAGGAAAUUGGUUGCACCAGAUCUUAUUUAAGGUCUUCAUAGCAAAGGGGGUGAAUACAUAUGCACGCACCACUUUUCCGUUAUUUUUUUUUAAAGAUUUUUUUAUUUUAUUUUCCCUUCACCAAUUUGGACUAUUUUGUGUAUGUCCAUUACAUGAAAUCCAAAUAAAAAUAAAUUUAAAUUACAGGUUGUAAUGGAACAAAAUAGGAAAAACGCCAAGGGGGAUGAAUACUUUUGCAAGGCACUGUAGGUCAUUUGAAACUGUGUUUUUUUACAUUGGAUAAAAUGGUACAUCAUACACUACAGUUGAGGAACAAUGGGAAAGUAAUUCUGCUUUGAAAGUUGAUUACCCCACUUUUGACAAAAUGGCCCUUGAAUGUUUUGGUACACCUACCGGAGAGCUCUUAUUUGUCUACACCCAUUCAUCAUCAUUCACACACUCUUAAGCCUUAGCCCCACCCAUCUCUUUAAGGAUUCACAUGUGAGGCCUUGUGCUAAACAGGAGUACGGUAGUGUACUGAACAACCAAAGAUUUCAAGACUAAAGGCUGGUUUAUACUACGUCUAUCGACAUGUCUGUAUACAGUUGUCGCAGUGACAUCAUGAACAUUCUAUUGUCGUCUGACAUCAAACUUGUCGUUGUCGUUAUGAAAAAGUAUAAACACAAAAACGACAGGCUGCAUAACAUCAGCAGCCUGGUGGUCCAAAAUAGCAUAACUGGUGUAUUUUAACACCAAUAAACCCAUCUGUUUAAAAAUUAAUUUAGUAUAUGUCAAUCUAGCAAACCAGGCAACUUGUUUUUAGCUUGUUAGCAAGCUAGCUAACGUUAAGUUAGCUGGCUAGCCAGUUCAAAUAUUGGCCAUAUCAAAUACAGUAGCUGACAAUGUCUUAACUUUAGCUAGUUUGUAUUCAUUAUAACAGGAAAAUAAACUCACAAAAAUAUCAUUAUUUACAAGUCAAUGGCGAGCUAAUUACAGAAAAUCUGACAAAAUAAAAGCAGGGUAUUCUACUGGAGAAUUUUAGAACUUGGACACUGUCUCGUUGGCCUAACGUUAUAUCCUAAUUUGACUUUGGUGCAGGUCAUGUUGUUCUUCCCAUUACCGUCUCUGGUAAACACACACUAUAUAAAAUAAAAUCUAUGUUUAUUUCUCACAUGCACAGGAUAAAGAAGCUGUAAACGGUACAGUGAAAUGGUUACUUGAAUAGUGGAAUCUUUUGUUUAGACAUGUAGCUAGCUAGCUAGCUAGCUAAACACUGAACCAUAAUCCCAACUCAUAAUGUUACUAACCUGCAUGAAUCUACAGGUAGCUAAAGCUAAAACAACUAGGUUCAAUGUUAGCUAGCUAACUAACAUUAGGCUAUAACUAGCAAUGCAAAUGGUUCUGCGAUAUGAAUAAUAUUACUACAUAGAUCAUACACAUAAUGUUAGCUAGCGAGCCAGCCAGCCAGCCAGCCAGCUAACGUUAGCUAGCUAGCUAACAGUACACUUUAACUUGUAAUGAAAACAACUUUCUGACUAAAUUAGAAUGGUAUAAUAUCUGAAAAUGUAGCUAGCUAGACUCUCUUACCCAUAUACAUGGAUGAACGCUUCUCCAAUUCUGUCACAGAUACCAUGGUUGCCCUUAGUUUGAAGAUGUAAUCCAGAAAUGUGUUGAAGUUAUUCAUGAUAUCUUUUUUUAAAAACAGCAUUAGAAAGAAUUACCUACACAUACUGAGCAGCUCAUCUUAUAGACAGACGCGCGCUACAUGGCAGACCAAUCCAAACUCAUCUCUCGGCAUGUCCAGCCCAUCCAUUAUCUCAGCCAGUCAAGGCUAGCGGGAAGGUUCCUGUCUUUUUCCGUGGCUAAACCAACUAGGCUCUUAAUUUAACAAUUUUAUUACAUAUUUACAGAUGGCAUACAAGUUUGUUAUUAAGGCACAUGAAAGUUCAUGUGAGCCAAAAACACAUUUAGCAAAAAAAAAAGGUUUUACAUUCAAAUGCCUCUCCUGUGAAGUAGUGACGUGCGACAUAAGCCUAGUUUCCUGAAACGAGUCACAUAGUAUAUAAUACAGUUUUAUUUUACUAGACUCGACAUUGAGCUCAGAUGCAUCCUGUUUCAAUUCAUCAUACUUUGGAGUCCACCUGUGGUAAAUUCAAUUGAUUGGACAUGAUUUGGAAAGGCACACACCUGUCUAUAUAAGGUCCCACAGUUGACAGUGCAUGUCAGAGCAAUAACCAAGCCAUGAGGUCGAAGGAAUUGUCCGUAGAGCUCAGAGACAGGAUUGUGUCGAGGCACAGGUCUGGGAAAGGGUACCAAAAAAUGUAUGCAGCAUUGAAGGUCCCCAAGAAUGCAGUGGUCUCCACAGACUCUUCCUAGAGCUGGCCAAACUGGCCAAACUGAGCAAUCGGGGGAGAAGGGCCUUGGUCAGGGAGGUGACCAAGAACCCAGUGGUCACUCUGACAGAGCUCCAGAGUUCCUCUGUGGAGAUGGGAGAACCUUCCAGAAGGACAACCAUCUCUGCAGCAGUCCACCAAUCAGGCCUUAAUGGUAGAGUGGCCAGACAGAAGCCACUCCUCAGUAAAAUGUACAUGACAGCCCGCUUGGAGUUUGCCAAAAGGCACCUAAAGGACUCUCAGACCAUGAGAAACAAGAUUCUCUGGUCUGAUGAAACCAAGAUCGAACUCUUUGGCCUGAAUGCCAAGCGUCACGUCUGGAGGAAACCUGGCAGGAUUGAGGGAAAGAUGAAAGAUGAAAGGAGCAAAGUACAGAGAGAUCCUUGAUGAAAACCUGCUCCAGAGUGCUCAGGACCUUAGACUGUGUCACGACUUCGGCCGAAGCUGCCUCCCCUCCUUGUGCGGGCAGGCUUCGGCGUUCGUCGUCACCGGCUUACUAACCACUGCCGCCCCAAUCAUCAUCACAUUUGUCUUGUCAAUCACACACACACCUGGUUCUAAUCCCCUCAUUAGUCCGUAUAUAAGUGUUCCCUCUGCCCCCUUGUCCUUGUGGGUGAUUGUUAGUUGUGAGAGUAGUAUAGCUCGGUGGAGCAACUCGUACAUUGUGUUGCCAGGGUAGAUUUUCCCCUGUGCCUAUGUAUUAUUGGAUUAUACCGUUACAGUGUAUUUGCCAGGGAUUAGAGUUUUCCCCUGUGCCUGUUUCGUUGAUCGCUAUUUGAGCGCAUUUGUGUGUCAACAAAGGAAUAAACUCUGUGUUCGGUGAUUUGCACACAGCAAAGACAACGCAGGAGUAGCUUCGGGACAAGUCUCUGAAUGUCCUUGAGUGGCCCAGCCAGAGCCUGGUCUUGAACCCGAUUGAACAUCUCUGGAGAGACCUGAAAAUACAGUACCUUGCAAAAGUAUUCAUCCCCCUUGGCGUUUUUCCUAUUUUGUUGCGUUACAACCUGCAAUUUAAAUUGAUUUUUAUUUGGAUUUCAUGUAAUGGACAUACACAAAAUAGUCCAAAUUGGUGAAGUGAAAUAAACAAAAUAACUUGUUUCAAUUUUUUAUUUUUAUUUUAUAACGGAAAAGUGGUGCGUGCAUAUGUAUUCACCCCCUUUGCUAUGAAGCCCCUAAAUAAGAUCUGGUGCAACCAAUUACUUUCAGAAGUCACAUAAUUAGUUAAAUAAAGUCCACCUGUGUGCAAUCACAAUCACAAAGUGUCACAUGAUCUGUCAGAUGAUAGGGCAGCAGGUAGCUUAGUGGGUAAGAGCGUUGUGCCAGUAACCCCCUUCUGGUUCUAAUCCCCGAGCUGACUAGGUGAAAAAUCUGUCAAUGGCCCUUAAGCAAGGCACUUAACCCUAAUUGCUCAUGUAAGUCGCUCCGGAUAAGAGCGUCUGCUAAAUGACUAAAAUGUAAAUGUAAUGAUCUGAGUAUGUAUACACCUGUUCUGAAAGGCCCCAGAGUCUGCAACACCACUAAGCAAGGGGCACCACCAAGCAAGCGGCACCAUGAAGACCAAGGAGCUCUCCAAACAGGUCAGGGACAAAGUUGUGGAGAAGUACAGAUCAGGAUUGGGUUAUUUAAAAAAAUCUGAAACUUUAAACAUCUCACGGAGCACCAUUAAAUCCAUUAUUAAAAAUGGAAAGAAUAUGGCACUACAACAAACCUGCCAAGAGAGGGCCGCCCACCAAAACUCACAGCCCAGGCAAGGAGGGCAUUAAUCAGAGAGGCAACAAAGAGACCAAAGAUAACCCUGAAGGAGCUGCAAAGCUCCACAGCGGAGAUUGGAGUAUCUGUUUAUAGGACCACUUUAAGCCAUACACUCCACAGAGCUGGGCUUUACGGAAGAUUGGCCAGAAAAAAGCCAUUGCUUAAAGAACAAAAUAAGCAAACACGUUUGGUGUUCGCCAUAAGGCAUGUGGGAGACUCCCCAAACAUAUGGAAGAAGGUACUCUGAUCAGAUGAGUCUAAAAUUGAGCUUUUUGGCCAUCAAGGAAAACGCUAUGUCUGGCGCAAACCCAACACCUCUCAUCACCGCGAGAACACCAUCCCCACAGUGAAGCAUGGAGGUGGUAGCAUCAUGCUGUGGGGAUGUUUUUCAUCGGCAGGGACUGGGAAACUGGUCAGAAUUGAAGGAAUGAUGGAUGGCGCUAAAUACAGGGAAAUUCUUGAGGGGAACCUGUUUCAGUCUUCCAGAGAUUUGAGACUGGGACGGAGGUUCAAUAGUUAUGCACUCUCAAGUUUUCUGUUUUUUUUUUGUCUUAUUCCUUGUUUGUUUCACAAUAAAAAGUAUUUUGCAUCUUCAAAGUGGUAGGCAUGUUGUGUAAAUCAAAUGAUACAAACCCCCCCAAAAAUCCAUUUUAUUCCAGGUUGUAAGGCAUAGGGAGGCAUAGGGAGGCCAAGGGGUGAAUACUUUCGCAAGCCACUGUAGCUGUGCAGCGACGCUCCCCAUCCAACCUGACAGAGCUUGAGAAGAUCUGCAGAGAAGAAUGGGGGAAACUCCCCAAAUACAGGUGUGCCAGGCUUGUAGCGUCAUACCCAAGAAGACUCGAGGCUGUAAGCACUGCCAAAGUUGCUUCAACAAUGUACUGAGUAAAGAGUCAGAAUACUUAUGUAAAUGUGAUAUUUCUAAAAAACAUUUUUUGCUUUGUCAUUAUGGGGUAUUGUGUGUAGAUUGAUGAGGGGAAAAAAACAAUUUAAUCAAUUUUAGAAUGAGGCUGUAACGUAACAAAAUGUAGAAAAAGUCAAGGGGUCUGAAUACUUUCCAAACACACUGUAUAUCUCACGCAGUGAAAAGUACUGUAUUUAUUUUUGUAAUUAGUUUACGUUUAAAUUGUGUUCCAAAUCGUUUUGAAAUCGUCGCAUCUGCACCUGCAAUUUAACAUCACUAACGGAACCGCUAUCAUUGUCCUGUUUUACCACAGCACUGUGAACCGCGGCACAUUGAAGCAUAUGAUUGGUCUAUUUAUGUAAGGGAUCUAGGGAAUUGGAUGCGAGUUUUAAAGAAACGCCCCUCAAGAUUAGGAGAGUGGAGCUGAAUAGAGAGAGAUAACUUUCUCCGCUGAGUUUAUAAAACUGUAAAAAGUAGUGCUGUUUCAUAUACAAUGUUGUCAACAAAAUGAGGUUGCUGUUACUCCCGUCCCUAAUGCAGAAUGCAACCUUUUGACAGCAUGUACUAAAGUCGAUAAUCCACACUUGCAUUAGUCUUCUCGUUUGGUGAUUUGCGUUUAGAAUGUGACAAUGAAAAGGCAGCAUACAGACCUACAGUAUGUUUUAGCAGGGAAGUUUGGUAGGGUGACCUGAUUUGUAACUAUGAAAAUAAUUUUGUCAAACAGACUGUGAACCCAAAGGUGUACGUUUGAUUGUAGAGGGGGGACAAUAAAUAUACAAAUAAUAAUAAUACAAUAAUAAUAAUAAUAAUAAAACUGUGCUUCUCAGCAAGAACACUACUGUUAUUACCCCACACUUAUUGUAUUAUUCCACUUCUUACCAAUUUUGCCUGUGUAAUCAUAUUUGAAAUCUGAUAUGCCUACUUGUGUUUUUGAAAAUGGAUAAUAUGAGGCUAUGUAUUUUUGCAGCCAUUCAUGGACAGUUUUGAAUAAGUCAUACAAAUAAGUGUUGGAUAUAGAAUGCUCUAGGCCUCUAAAAUAAUUUUUGACAUUUUAGUAUUGUGCACAUGCUAGGCUAAGAUGGUAGGGGGACUCACAACUCAUAAACAUUUCAUAUUUUGUCUAUGUAGAGUAAGAUGAUGACAAGGAUCUUCAACUAGUUAUCAUAAACCACCUGAAUAUUGAUAUUCAUUCGAUUUUUCUUGAAGGUUGGGUGAUUUUGAGAAAUUAAUUGUUAUUAUAAGAACAUUUUCAAACACCCAGCACUUGGGAAACAUAGAUCCGGGGUGGCCAACCCUCCUGUAGAGCAAGCGCGAUUUUCUUCCAGCCCUAUUUUAAAGAGUUCACCCAAAUUACAAAAUGUUUGUGUCCUUACCUUGAAAACAAUCUAUGGACAAGGAGACUGCAAUCUAUGAUUUGGUUACCUGUGCAGAGCCUUGGUGUAGUGGUAUCACUCCCGGCACAUGUCGCAUACAACUUUCCACCUGAGAACAGAAAUCAAUCCCUGCUUCCAACCUUCCCACUGUUUCUCCCAUUUGCGUGUCUCCCCAUCUCAUUUUAUUUAUGUCUGAAUAAUGUGUCAAACCACCUAAAAAAUAUGUUUAAAAAAUAUUAGCAUAAUCUCAAAGUAACAAAGUCAUUUUGAGUGUUCAUUUAAUGUUCAAAGCAUCCUGAAUACAUCUGACCUGUGGUUAAGAUUUUUUUUUAUGUUCCACGCUGGUUAUAGGCCUAACUUAAGCCAUGUCAAAAUAUGUAGAAUUGCAGGAAAUGAGAUUUAAAACAGUAAAGUUUUCCAACCCCCCAUCUAGGGGUUGUGCCAGGGGGCAAUGAAAUUAUCAUAGCAAAUCUCACUCCAAGCUUUCUUCCCCUGUCUGUACCUGUAAGAAACAUACCCAUUUUGACAUUAAAUAGCUGUAUGCAACCUGAUAGUCCCAUAAAUGUAUGAAAGAGUUUUUCCCUGGUUUGUGUUUGUGUUCCAGAUGUGAAUGAGUGUGAGAGUGGGCCGUGCAGGAACGGAGGUGUGUGUACAGACCGGGAGGCCAACUACUCGUGUGUGUGUUCUGGAGAAUACACAGGCAGGAACUGCCAGCACAGUGAGUGUGGAUUUGUGUAACUGUUUACUUGCAAGUCAUCAGAGGACAAAUAUUUUAAGAGGUAUUGAUGUCCAUGAACACACAAUUGAAUUAGGUAGGUAUUGGUGUCAUAUGCUCUCUUGCUGUUUUCCGUUUUAGUGUGCUUCUGUGUGUGUGUGUUUGUAUGUGUGUUACCUAUUUAUUUAAGCUAUUUAAGCCCUCUGUGCUGUCCUGGUGUAGCCUCAUUAGCGAUGUUGUCGCAUGAUGGUACCAGCCUGAGGAGCCAGCCAGAGGAGUCUGUUUGGGGGGGAGAAUGCCAGAUACGGACCUCCUCGACCCCCAUCCUACACAGGGACCACGGACACACACACACAGACCCAAGCCCUUCUCCCCUACUACCCACACUCCUCCAGAACAGGUUGUCUUUCCACACACACUCACACAGGAGCUGUGAGGAAAGAGAGGAGAGUUGCUGGAACAUGAUAUUCAUCUGGACUUGCAUGGGACAAUCCAGAGCAGAGCUGAGGCUGUCCCUCAGAGGAGAGACAAUGAACACUGUGUCUUUGGUACCUGCUGAUGUUUGAGGAAGGAAGGAAGGAUGGAUGUACAAGUACUAAUCAUUCUCUCUCUCUCUCUCUCUCUCUCUCUCUCUCUCUCUCUCUCUCUCUCUCUCUCUCUCUCUCUCUCUCUCUCUCUCUCUCUAUCUCUCUCUCUAUCUCUCUCUCUCUCUCUCUCUCUCUCUCUCUCUCUCUCUCUCUCUCUCUCUCUCUCUCUCUGUGUCUCUCCUCUCUACUCUGUCUUUGUUGUGUGUCUGUGUACCUACUGUCCCUCUACUAUGUAGAGUGUUCAGGUCCUCUGGGCAUGGAGGGUGGUAUCAUCACCAAGGGGCAGCUGUCCUCCUCCUCUGCCCAGCGGGGCAUGUUUGGUCUGCAGCACUGGAGCCCUGACCUGGCCCGGCUCCACCGCAGGGGCAUGGUUAAUGCCUGGAGCCCUGCAGACAGCGACCGCUGGCCCUGGAUACAGGUAGCACACACACACCUAGACAUACACACACACACCAUCUGUCCGCUAGAUAGAUGUAGCCAGUGUUUACUCCACCGUGGCCAAACUCUUGUUGUUUCUGACCCCUACGUCUGUGUCUAGGUGAACCUGCGGCAGCGGAUGCGUGUGACGGGGCUGAUUACCCAGGGUGCUCGGAGGCUGGGCAGCUCAGAGUAUGUGAAGUCCUAUAAGAUCGCCCAGAGCGAUGAUGCUAGGACCUGGAGCAUGGUGAAAACCAGAGGAGACACACAGGACAUGGUGAUAUUAGAGAGAGAGAGAGAGAGAGAGAGAGAGCGAGAGAGAGAGAGAGAGAGAGAGAGAGAGAGAGUGCAUACAUUUGUGUGUGUGUCUGUGUGUGUGUGUGUGUGUGUGUGUGUGUGUGUGUGUGUGUGUGUGUGUGUGUGUGCCUAAAUCAACCUGAUGUUUUUGACUGAUAAAACCUGAUGUUUUCCUCUAGAUAUUCCACGGUAACUCAGGCAGCAGUUCUCCCAUGGCCAACGCCUUCUCUCCACCAAUUGAAGCACAGUACAUAAGGGUUUACCCACAAGUCUGCAGGGGCCAUUGUAUGCUGCGCAUGGAGCUGAUGGGCUGCGAGCUCACAGGUCAGUGACAUCAUCAUCUGUAGACAUAAUGCUUUAUAAACUUUAUUUGGCACCCUGCUCAUAACGCCUUCAUUACAAUGUUGUAAAGCUUCAUGAUGUAUGUCAAAUGUGUCAAAAGCAGUCAUACAUGAUUAUAAAAUAUGUCAUGACAAUGUUUUGACAUAUAUUUUCAAAGGCUUUGUUGUUGAGAUUUUCUGACACAACCAUUAUGAUGUUGUCAGUAAAGUGAUUAUAAACGUACCAUAGGCGAGAAUGGUCUACGUAGUCUACUUCCUGUAUCUCAGGGAUUUUUCUGUGUUUCUGUUUCUGGUCUCCCAGGUUGUUCAGAGCCUCUGGGUCUAAAGGGGGGUCAGGUGCAGGAUUCCCAGCUGACCUCGUCCUCUGUGUACCGGACCCUGGGCAUGGGCCUGCUGGCCUGGACCCCCAACAGAGCCAGACUGGACCACCAGGCCAAGGUCAACGCAUGGACCGCAGCCACCAAUGACCAAAACCAGUGGAUACAGGUAUGGAGGGGAGGGGUAGGAGAAAGAGAAAAAUAGAGUGCGCAUUUUAAUUCAUGGAUAAUUAAAUCCUCUCUCUCUCUCUCUCUCUCUCUCUCUCUUGCUCUCUCUUGCUUCCUCUCUUCUACCCCCUCUGUCUCCCUCUCUCAGGUAGACCUGUUGGUUCCUACUAAGGUAACAGGUGUAGUGACUCAGGGAGCUAAGGACUUUGGCCGUGUCCAGUUUGUGCGCUCCUAUAAACUAGCCUACAGCAACGAUGGACUGAAGUGGAUGACAUACCAGGACGAAACACAACACAAGGACAAGGUAUAAACACAUUAUCAUUUUGAUUGAUGAAUUGAUUGAUUGAUUUGUUGAUUGAUUGAGACACAGAAAAUACAUGACAGAGAGACAGAAAGAAAGAGAAGGAGACAGAGAGUGAGGAAUGGUGAUGGUUCAGUUAUUGGUGUUCCAGUAUGUCUGGUUAUAUCUGUGUUCGUCUUGUUGGCAGUGUGUCUGACUGUAUCCGUGGUUGUCUUGGGUGACAGGUGUUCCAGGGGAACGUUGAAAAUGACACCCACAGGAAGAAUUCCAUCCAGCCGCCCAUAUAUGGUCGCUUCCUCCGCCUCAUUCCGUGGUCCUGGUAUGGACGAAUUACACUGAGGAUGGAGCUACUGGGCUGCACAGAGGACGACUGACCAUCUCUCUCUCUCUCUAUCGCUCUUCUCCCUCCAUCUCUUUCUCUCUCAUCUAGCUCUCUCGUUCCCGUCUCUCGCUCUUUCCCUAUCCUUGCUUCUGUUUCUCUCCUCUUUCUCCAC